AUGAAAAGAACAUUUCACUAUGUUUUCGCGAAUUUCGAGAAGGUUUGCGACAUUCUCGACACGGCAGCGCAUUGCUCGCAAAAAUGCGAACGUUCUGAGCAAACGAAAUUCUGGCAAUUCACCACUUUCUACCGGCAAACGAAAUUCUGGCAAUUCACCACUUUCUACCGGGUGCAUUGUGUGAAUUAUGAAGAAGAAAUCGAGCAACAUUUGAAAUGCCUCAGCAAUGCGGCAAUUGAUGUCGACUCAGUUUGCAAGGAUAAAUGCAGUCAUGUCGAUAAACUCGAGCCGGGAAUGGACAAAGAGGAGAGAGUGGCGAGAGCGUGCAAAGCUGUUGAGUGCUCAACUGUGUGCUAUUUUCACGAAUUCGCCGGAGAUUGCCCGAAAGCCAAAGAUUUGCUAGUUAGAAUAAACUUGGAUCAAAUCAACGAGGUGGCUCUAUCAAUUCAUCCAAAACAACACGAGUUGAUGAGCCAUGAAUGCAAGCACAUCCACGAUUUGGACUACAUGAAAGCUGCCAUGCUUGCCUCGUUUGAUCAAUUCGAU